UGUUGCAGUUGAUUAAAACACCUGAUUUCAUGUAGAAAUAAAAAGCAAAAUUCAUGUAAAUAAAACAAGUAGAAAAGAUGGGAGGCAAACGUCGUGCUCCUCUGAAUAUUUCAUCAUAGAGACGCUGGGUUGUAGUUAAGCAUUGAAAUAUGCCCGAUAUCUUUGAAGAUGCGGUACUCAGUGAGAUCAUUGCCAUAGCAGACAAAAUACCCAGGAUUAAAGAAACGCUGGAAAUUGCGUGCGACAGUAUUCCCAUUUUGAAAAAUGGUCUCUGUGAAGUAGAAAAAGCCCUCGAAGUGUUGAAGGAUGGGCAGAAUGCUAUGGAAACAAGGCUGAAAGAGCUCACUUCGGGACCCAACAGGAGCUACUCCUGUUCUCCAAAUCAUAUUAAUUGUAUUUCUUCAGUUCGAUCCAUAAAACCCGGACGUGUUGACCCCAGAUUAAAAAAUCCAAGAAGUACUAGUCUACGAUAGUUUUUUCAUUAAAACCGUAGAUGGAUCUAGAGAAACUGGCCGUCUUGAAAGAGAAACUGGAUAGCGUUCAUCAAAUCGAUAGCACGGCUGUGGUAACUAGGCACAAACUGUAUGAACUUGGAAAAGAGCUCAAUAAAACCGAAACAAAAUUAACUCACUUAAUUAAGGCUCAGGCCUCUCUUGAAAUACGACUCUCAACUUUAGAAAAGCAAAAUCGAAUUCCGUUUUCCAAAAGUGUUAAACAGACACCCUGUGCAAGAGUUGAUGUUGACAAUUUACCAAAGGUGUCAUUGUGUAAAGACAACAGUAGAAUUAGUUAAAAUUUAAAAAAUUGUAUUAAACAAGGCCACAAUCCCCAAAGAAGAAGAGAGAUGGUUAGAAAGAAAACUUGUAAAUGAAAUUGCUCAUUGAAAAUGUUACAAAAUUACACCAAGUAUUGAAGGCUUGACAGAGAUAUUUUGUAUUGAAAAUGGCAAAACCGAAUGAGCAUGAUACAAGGAAGGAUAAAAACCAUCCAAAGAGUCAACAAGACGCAGAUAACUCCAAUGAACCUAAAUGGACCAAAAUUCCACCUCCAAAGGAGUAUCUGGAAGAAAAGCGCUACUACACUGACCCGUACGUUGUGCCAGGAAAUUAUCAAAAGAUGACUGAGUAUGUAUCGCCACCAUCGUACAAACCAAGAUCGCAUUCCCGUGAGUCGAAAUUUUCAUCGAAAAACACAGAUUUAUCUUCUAGUAUUGCUGAGAUAGAUCCUAGAUUUAUCAAACCUGGAUUUCAACCAAUGUCCAAAAGCCGACAUCAGGAAAAACCAUUAUGUCAAACAAGGUUGAAAAGUUUUCAGGUAGUCGAUCCACGGUUUAUGCAUCCUGGGUUUCGUCCAAGUCAGUAUAACAUCUUGUCUCUUGAUCAACACCAGGCCAGAAAAGAGAAUCCAAACAUCAAAAAACAAUCAGGCAAGUUAAGAAAUGCUUCUGGCUCAGAAAAUUCAAAGGAUAGAUUGAAGGACAGUGGAAUGAAAUCCCCACGUUCAGACCAAGAAAGAAAAAUAUCUUCUGGGAAAUUGAAGGACAGCGGAAUGAAAUCCCCACAUUCACACUACAAAAGAAAAAUGUCUUAUGGUGAUAUAUUGAAGGACAAUGGAAUGAAAUCCCCACGUUCAGACCAUGAAAGAAAAAUAUCUUCUGGGAAAUUGAAGGACAGCAGAAUGAAAUCCCCACAUCCAGACCACGAUAGAAAAAUAUCUUACAGUGCAGUAGAUCCAAGAUUUGUACAUCCUGGAUUUCGUCCGAGUCAGUAUGAUAUCAACUCCAUCAAUCAACAACGAGCUUUUAAAAUGGGUUCACCCCACAGAAAUUAUUCAAGCAAGAAAGCUUCAACGUCAGGAGGCAUACAGACUCCAUCGCCAUCUCAGAUCAAUUCAAGACGAAAAACUUCUGAGAAGGACCACAAGGGAGAAAAACGGACUUCAUCAGUAGCUGACAGAGGAAGAAAUAGGUAGGAUAGUUUCUGCUGAGACAACCGAAAAAUAAAUCGUCGCUUUUGUUCAAAUCGUUGUUGAAAUCUGAAUGACAAGACAUUUUAGAGAAUAGAAUGGCACGGAAUGAUAAUAGAGGAAAAAGAGUGAGUAAACAGCAUGGUCGGAGGAGCAGCAAUAAUAAAUAGUUUUGUCUCUCCGUA